AUGACUCUCAAACGAUCAUUAUCCCAGAAGUUCAAGUCCACGUUGGAAAAGACCAAACGAAUAGUGAGCUCCUCAUCUCUAUCAUCAUUCGACAAUCAUUCGCCUUCGGUUUCAGAUAGCUUUUCCUUCAACUCCACCGAUUUCUCAACUCCAUUAACGUCUACAUCCACCACCUUCAAUGAUGCUACGGAUUUCGGAGGCUUGGGGAUCCAAUAUAACAAGGACUCGAUUUCAUUGAAUCGAAAGUCAAGUAGUCUUGAUCCUCCAACGUUGUUAUAUUCUAGAAAGAAAAGAUCAGGAACAAUGUCAAGGUCGAUACCAAAUCGUAAACAGUCUAUUGAUUUGAUCGAUACAAGUACUCCUACAAAUAUCACAAGCUCGAUUCCAACUCCAGUGUCUCAAGAUGAUCUACUAAGUCUGAGCUGUCGUUCGAAUUACUCCUUCACUCAGAAUGAUGAGAACUUUGAAAAUGACACUGGUGGAUUGAUCAUUCUACCUUCAGGUCCAAAUGAUGAUGAUGAUAUUGAUGAUGAUGAUAAUAACAAUAACAACAACAAUAAUAACAAUAACAACAACAAUAAUAACAAUAACAACAACAAUAAUAACAAUAACAACAAUAAUAAUAACAAUAACCACAAUAACAAUAUUAGUGGCAAACUUAACAAUACCAAUAGCAAUGACAACAAUAAAACUACCAUUGAGGGUAGUCAUGAUAUUCUAUUAUCGGCUUUCUUAUCCCAUUCUGCAGAAUUAGAAAAAAAUUCUUCAUAUCUAGACUCGCAAUCACAAGAUAGACCUUCAAUUUUGAUACCAUCAAAUUAUAGCUCAACUACAACUUCGUAUACUCUGAACUCCUUUGCUGAGAAUUCGGCAAAGUGUAACAUGGAUUUAUUGGAAUCUCAUGAAAUCAUACAAGACGAUGUUGACUCGAUCUUCACCAAAUCAAAUCAAAUUGAUCACCUCGAUAAAGAUCUAGACACAAGGAAAAAUGAUUUACUUGCUGACCAGAUGGCUUUGAAUAUUUUGCAAAAUAUUGAUGAGGAAGAUGUUGACGAACUAUCAAAACUAAAAGAAGAAAUUUCAAUGAUUUAA